CAUCUUCACCAGCUGCUGAUCCAACUAAGGAUGGAGAUGUCACAUUACUGUGUUCUCUGAAGAGGAACAGUGGGUUGGGUCCUUGUCCAGAGGACAGUUUCCACUGGUUGGAUGAGACAGGAACUAAACUGACUGGUGAAGAUGUUGGAUACAAGUUAAGAAAACCAUGGAUCUGUGUUUCCUCUCUAACUGUGCAGCAUCAGAUCGUCACCAACAGAAGAUACACCUGCCAGUUUGUUGAAGGAAACAGCAUAAAGGUAGAAGCUCACUACCCAGCUGGGUUUAAAGGUUUCAGAGUCCAUAUCUACCACAGAGCUGGAGAUGAUGCUGUUUUACCCUGUAAAAGACCUUCAUCAUCCUCUUCCUCCUGCUCCACUGUUAACUGGCUUUAUAGGAGAAAAGAAGACAUGAAUCCUCAGCAGGAAGUUCAGAGAGGAAACGUUGUUCAGAGUUCAUCUAGAGCUGCCAGGCUGAGUGUGGACAAUAACUGCUCUCUGAUCAUCAACAGCAUCACUGCUGGGGAUGCUGGAGGUUACAGAUGUCAGAUUCAGGAUGGAGGCAGCUCUGAUCCAGAUGUGUAUCUAAAUCUGAUGAGCAUCUCUCCAGUAGAAGCUGAUCCAACAGGGAAUAAUAUCACAUUACUCUGUUCUCUGCUGAGAUUCAGAUCAAUGGGUUCUUGUCCAGAGAACAGCUUCCUCUGGUUGGAUGAGACAGGAACUUUUCUGACAGGUGAAGGUGUUGGGUACCAGUUUAGACAGACUGGCUGUGAUUCUUAUCUCACUGUGAAGCUUCAGAGCAGCAGCAGCAGAAGAUACACCUGCCAGUUUGUUGAUGGAAACACAGUGAAGAUAGAAGCUCACUACCAGCUGGAAGGAAUCACCCAAGCAGAUCUUCCUAAAAACACCAACAUCAUCAUCGUCCUUGGUGCAGUGAUCUUUGCUCUGCUGCUGCUGGUUGUUCUGGCUGCUGUUUUCAUCAAACGCAGGAAAACCAGAGUUAAGGAGGAUCAUAAAACCACAACAGAGGAUCAAGAUUCAGCCCAUGGAAGUCAUCAGUGUGAUGAGGAUCAGUCCAACCUGACUUAUGCCACUGUUAAAGAUUUUAAUCCCAAAUCUCCUCAGAGAAUAAUGGUCAAACAAGAUGAAGAAACUGUGACUUAUUCUGCUGUUAGGACUAAACAGAAGAGAGAAGAAGACAUUGAUCCUAACAGUCUCUACAGCCAAGUCUCUGAGCCCAAACUAACUAAAUAGGGAAAUUAAAAAUCUCAAACCUCUACCUUUAUUAAAACUGCUACAGGAAGUAGACAUUUGGGUUUAGGUUCCGCCGAGGCUAAAAUAAUAAUCUAUAGCUUAUAUUGAAGUUUUGCUAUUGUAUUUAAGUGAUGAUGAGGGUUUCGGAGCAGCAAUGUACAGUUACUGAGUUAUGGAGCUUUGUUACAAUUGUAAAUAUGUGGACUUUAUUAAACUCAAGAGUUUUAAAAGAAAUAAAGCCCUUUAAGUUCUUGUGAGAAAAGAUUGUUGAUC